GCAAACCAAGAAAGAAGAGGCAGACCUGAAGGAACGUCAGAAUCAGGAGAAGGACAUUUAAUGCAAUAGUUAGUAAAUAAAAGCAACGCUUAGAGGCAACACACUAGUUUUCCAGUACAUGUGUUCAUCCAAGAAAUCCCAGUGGGCAGGGCGGUGGAUACAUGGGAAAUUACAGCAGGCGUGUCAAAAAGCAGACUUGUGAAACAGUCAGAGAAGGAGGCAGAUCAUGAAGAGGGCUGACGGGUGAGGUCAGCCGAAGAUGGGAGCCAUGAGAGGGCAGCUAUUCAGUCUGAUGAUCGGGCUCCUGUUUCUGGUGAGCCUGUUGACCACUUUCAUGUGGCACAAGCUGGACAACAAAAAUUUGAAAAUUCGCAGACACCUGCCCAAAAUGAAAAUUGCCCCCCGGUCGACUGAUUCCUGCAAAAACUGUGGGGAGAGUAUUAAGAAAGCAUUAGAUAUUUACUACCAAACCUGGAGAAAACAGGAGGACAAUUUCAAAAAUUUUAGUCAGCAGCUGAGCAGCAGGUGCCAUGGGUUAGAUAAAGCCAUCAUUAGCCAAAUGAACACGCCACUGGGAUCGAAGCUUGUUUACGAUGGGGAGAAGAAGAGGACGGCUCAAAUAAAUGCAGAGUUCUUCAGCACCUUCCCAAAGGUUAGUCCUUUCUCAAACAAAACAAUGGCCUCUUGUGCCGUUGUUGGGAACGGUGGCAUCCUGGCAAACAGCCAAUGUGGAAAAAUGAUUGACUCAGCUGAGUUUGUCAUCAGGUGCAACCUACCUCCUGUUUCAGACGGAUAUGAGAAACAUGUGGGUAGCAAGACAAACCUUGUGACAGUAAACCCGAGCAUCCUCUUAGAUAAGUAUGGGUCUCUAAUGAAACGCCGGCGUCCUUUUGUGGAGAAGCUGCGCAACUAUGGUGACUCCAUGAUGCUUCUUCCUGCCUUCUCCUAUGGUAUGAAUACUCCUGUGUCUCUGCGGGCUUUCUACACCGUUGAGGACUUUAAAAGCCCCAUCCGGCCUCUCUUCCUGAACCCACGGUACCUUGAGAGUCUGGCCGUCUUCUGGAAAUCUCAGGGAGUGAAGGCGCUACGGCUCAGCAGUGGCAUUAUGAUGACCAGCCUGGCGCUGGAAAUUUGUGACAAUGUGCAUCUGUAUGGAUUCUGGCCCUUCAGUAUUCACCCACACAGCUUCCAAGACUUGAGUAACCAUUACUAUGAUAAUAAACUAGCUAAAAAGAACGUCCAUGCCAUGCCAACGGAGUUCAACCUGCUGCUGAAACUGCACACCCAAGGUGUGUUACAACUACACUUGGGGGACUGUGAGCCAGAUCAUUAUUAUUAGUCUUGGAGGAAAAACGAUCCAUCUAUCAAGACACGUAAUCUUCUUUUGAAUGAAAGAUUUUAAUGACACACCCGGUGGAAACAUAAGCUUUCUGUAAUUUGUGUGAAGUUCCUGUGCCAAGACACGGUUUAGUUUCUUGAAGAUUGGAAACCUUUGGAUAAUUUUUAAAUACGUAGAUUCUAUAAUGGAGACAAAAAACCCUGUCAAUGCCUAUUCAGGUUUGUGCCUUUAAAGGGAAUGUAUUAUGAAAAAUUUACAUUUUGCACAUUUUUGUACUUCCAUAUGGAUUUUUUUUACUGCUUUUAAAAAAUUGUUGGAAAAACCUUAGAAAAAAAACAUCCAGCUGUUUUGUGGCAAUAAGUUAAUGUUUUUUGGUGUUUGAAACAUAAGAACCUCCAUAAUGUAAAGUAACAAAUCAGCAGGAACAUCACAGUUACCUAGCAACCACUGCUCAGCCUGUUACCUAGCAACCCAAGCGGACCUCCUGCAUGCUUGAUCAAAUGGUUUUACCUCUAUAUGCGCUGUUUUGUCUUUUCCAAAACACUUGGAAAAGACAAGUGUUUUGUUGUUGACUUACCAUUCAUUAACCACUUGCUGUUUUCUUGUUAGCUGUACAUGAGUCUCUACUAAUGCUUUUCAAAGAUGUACAGUUGUAUAAUUGAGCACCUGUUUGCAUGCAUUUUCACUUUGAGUUGGGAGAUGUAGCCAGCAGCAGCUUAUAUGGAUUAAUCAAUCAAUCAAUCAAUCAAUCAAUCAAUCAAUCAAUCAAUCAAUCAAUC